ACCAUUUACAGUCCUAAGGCUUGAACAAAUCCGAUCUGAGCCGAGAAGCUCGAAUCCAGAGGAUUUGGACUAUCGAGAUCCUCGAAACAUAAUCGGAAAUUGGAAUUUAGAACGGAUAGAGACCAAGCAAUGCCGGACGGGAAGAAAUCAAACGAAGAAGAGGCAGUUCAAGAUGCCAAAAAGACUGUUAUCUCGUACGCCCAAGGCUGGGGCAGAUCGCCCUUGCCUCCGACCGCCCUUGCAACUCUUAUAACCGCUCUACACGCGCGACCCUGGCGAACACUACCAAUGCUCUUCCCGCCGGUCCUCCUCUUUAGCUCCUACCUCAAUCUCUCCUCUUACGAGGUCGAUUCUGCAGGCUUGACUGCGGCCUGGUCUGGAUUAUAUAUGCUAUUGGCAGGAAGGAGAAAAGCCGCCGGUGGCAGGCUUGGGACGAGGUUAGGCUCGAAGUUUGGUGCGAGGGGUUUGACGAGGGGCAGUGCAAUGAUACUGUCGGCGGUGAACGUUCUUGGAUGCGGCACUACUUAUGCCCUUGGGAGGCUGAAUGGUGAGGAGAGAGCUUUGUAAAAGUAUGGGGGCUUUGUUAAUAUUUGGAGUGCGAGAAGUGGAGGGCGAGGAGACUUGUCAAAAAGCAGCCACGGAUAUCAAUUGGGGGGGCGUUCUGAAGAAAAAAAAAUACUUGUCAACUGGAUGUACGAUUAACGC